AAGAAUAAAAAAACUUCUAACCGAAUUCACUCAGUCAAGCGAACGGUUCAGUUCCUAUCCGAUCCGAUCGCUGGUGAUGAGCUCGGACGCCCCUCCGGAGGCGAGGCCGCCGGUGGUAAGGGAAGCUCUACCUCGGACAAGGGUAAGCAGAAGGAGAAGGAGAAGGAGAAGGCGAGGGUGAGCCGAACCUCCCUGAUUCUCUGGCACGCCCACCAGAACGACCCCGCUGCGGUCCGCAAGCUUCUCGAAGAAGAUCGCUCCCUCGUUCAUGCCAGAGAUUACGACAGCCGCACCCCGCUCCACGUCGCUUCUCUCCACGGCUGGAUCGACGUUGCUAAGUGCUUGAUCGAGUAUGGCGCCGACGUCAACGCCCAAGAUCGCUGGAAGAACACCGGCCAAAAUGGAAGCCAUUUUGAACCAAAGCCCGUUCCACCCCCUCUGCCAAACAAGUGUGACUGGGAAAUUGACCCUUCUGAACUGGACUUCUCAAACUCAGCUAUUAUUGGAAAGGGAUCUUUUGGUGAGAUUUUGAAAGCCUAUUGGCGUGGAACACCUGUAGCAAUCAAACGCAUUCUCCCAUCACUUUCAGAUGACAGAUUGGUGAUUCAGGACUUCAGACAUGAGGUUAAGUUGCUAGUGAAGCUUCGUCACCCAAAUAUAGUCCAAUUUCUCGGAGCUGUCACUGACAAGAAGCCCCUUAUGUUAAUUACUGAAUACUUACGAGGGGGUGAUCUUCAUCAAUAUCUCAAGGAAAAAAGUUCCCUUAGUCCUUCAACAGCUAUCAACUUUGCACUGGACAUAGCGAGAGGCAUGGCUUAUCUUCACAAUGAACCAAAUGUCAUAAUUCACCGGGACCUAAAACCAAGGAAUGUACUUCUGGUAAAUUCCAGUGCUGACCAUUUAAAAGUUGGAGAUUUUGGAUUAAGCAAGCUCAUCAAGGUUCAGAAUUCUCAUGACGUGUACAAGAUGACCGGAGAGACUGGAAGCUACCGGUAUAUGGCUCCUGAAGUUUUCAAGCAUCGGAAAUAUGAUAAGAAGGUUGAUGUGUUCUCUUUUGCCAUGAUACUGUAUGAGAUGCUUGAAGGGGACCCGCCACUUUCAAAUCAUGAGCCUUAUGAAGCAGCCAAAUAUGUGGCUGAAGGACACAGGCCUACAUUUCGCUCAAAAGGAUACAUCCCUGAACUGAAAGAGUUAACCGAGCAGUGCUGGGCUGCUGACAUGAACCAAAGACCUUCUUUCUUGGAAAUCCUCAAGAGGCUUGAAAAGAUAAAGGAAAAUCUACCAACUGACCAUCACUGGAGCCUAUUCAAUACAUGAUAUCCAAGACCAAUUUGUGUGAUCAGUUAGUAGAUAAUAUAUUUGCCAUUUCUACCGGUCUUCUCCUGUGCUGCCUCCGAUCGAGAGCAGAUGGGGAUUGUGAAUAGACCCAAACUGGUCGUUGGCAAGGAAAUAGCUACUACUGAUCAGGUUACCAAUAUUCUGUUUGGAAUCUUGUCAUGAACGGAUAGAUGGUGAUGUUGAUUAAUUUUCUCACUUUCUACAAUUAUCUCGAUGUGAACAACCCCGUUUUAAGAGUCUCGUCCAAAUUGGCAUAUAUGAAGAAAGAAACUUCUCAUCCUUUGACCUUAA